AUGACAAUGUGGUUGAGGCUUCUAUUUUUGGCUACAAUUACUAUAGGCCAUCACAUAGACACGGUAACAGAGGAUGCUAGCCAUACUAAGCUGAAGAUCUUUGUGGAUUCACCUUCCAUUGGAUACUCACACAUGCAGUUCCAAGGUAGACUAGCUGAUUUGCUGGUCGAAAGAGGUCACCAAGUAGUAAGUUUAUUAUCAAUUCUAGUUCUAAUAUCUUAAAUAUUAGUCAUUAUUACCAAGUUCCGUUUCAUUGAUUUAACUACUUAGAGUAAGUUUACGUAAUCCUUUAGGAUGUCUACAUCUCAAACUUUAAUGCCAACGAGAAGAGGACGGCUACAUCAAAAGCACGAGUGAUACGAAUCAACGCUACGACAAAGACAAGGUUCGCUGAACUAGAUCUGUUCACUGAUCCUUUCAACGCUGGCAACAUCUUGUUCCAGAUGAAAAGAGCUGAUCCAUACAGGAACACCACAGCGCAGUUAUGUCAAGGUAGGACUAUCCACUUAGAUGAGAUACGAAGUUAAACAUGAACAUAUCCAUAUGAAUAUAAACACAGACAUACGUUCUGAAUCCAUUAAACUCUAAAGACCACAAAUUACCUAAACAUACAAAUACCAUUUGAAGACAACAAGAGUACGACAAUAACAAAAAGAUACUCAGCAUGCCAACCAGAACAAAAAGACCGUAACGUACUAUAAUAUGUUAUUUUCAGACAUCGUCAACCAUCCGACCUUAAUCGAUCAAAUAAAGGCGGAAAAGUACGAUGUAAUUAUAGCCGAGAUGUUCGAUCCCUGCAUCUUCUACUUGGCCGAGUAUGUCAAUAUCCCGACCCGGAUACUGAGCAGUGCAAUGCCAACCCCAGACCUGGUCGCGCACUCUCUCGGCAUACCCGUUCCCCGCUCCUACAUACCCUGUAAGCAUUGUUUUUGUUUAUGCUCAUCCUAUUUACAAUUUCAGCGGUAUUAGCGUCAAGUGCAGACGUACCAAACCUCGGGUGGACCGAACGGUUGUUCAACGUCAUAACCGACUUGUAUCAUCCUAUCGUACUGCACGAACUGACCGGCAGAAUGGUAUGUUACAUAUGCAAUACCUGAAUGAAAAACCCCAUAUCUACUGUAAAGUUUCAUUGUAAAGCUACUUUUUACCAUGCUUAUAUACAGUAUACCUAUAAUCCCUAACAAGUUGAAAUCUAAAAGCCAUUGCUUUAGCAAAAGAUGUACUAUGACAAAUUCGGAGUUGAAAUGCCAGAGUUCAGAGAUCUUCUGAGAAAGAGUUCGUAUGUUUUUGUAAACGUACAUGAUCAUCUCGACCAUCCUCGACCCAUCACGCGCAAAAUGCACUAUAUUGGAGGUAUUGCUGUGAAGAAACCCCAAUCCAAACACACAAAGGUAAGUCAAUCAUAUCUAUGUACUUAACCACAAGUUACAGUAAAACAGCUUAACAGUAAUACCCAAAAAACAUUUAUGAAAUUAAUACUAUAUCAUAUUAAUUAUUUAGUACAACACACAUAUACUAUAACCAAAUUAAAGCCUUCCAGCUUUAAACGCUCCCAAUAACAAAAACUUAUAGGAAGUGGAACAGAUAAUAUCCAGGCCCAGUAAAGGUUUAAUUUUGUUUUCGAUGGGAUCCUUAAUUGACAGCACAUUGAUGCCCAAGUUCGUUAAAGAGGCCUUCAUGGCGACGUUUGCCCACUUCAAAGAUUACACUUUCCUCUGGAGGAUUAAGGUCAACCCCAACGACACCCAAGAGUUCGAGAACAUCACCAACUUGUACACCAUCGCCUGGAUGGAUCAGCCCACCAUUCUCGGUAAGCACACAACCUAUUAGGCUUAUUUGGAGAACCGGAGUAACUAAUGACUAACUCUGUAAACACUGUUUAACCAAAUUACCGCUUUGAACUUUAGCUGACACCAAAACAAAGUUGUUUAUCACUCAUUGUGGCCAGAACAGUGUAAUGGAAGCGGCCUACAACGGUAAGACAUUAACACCCAAUUACGAACAGGAAGUAAUCAUAAUUGUAAAACAGUAAUCAUAGCUGUCAACACCAGCACAUCUAUUGCAUUAUUUACAAAAAUCUAUUUUCUUACAAAUUGUUCACCAAAAUAGGUGUAAAUAAUACAAAAAAAAGUAAUUAAUACCCAAUGAAAAGCUAUCGUUAAAAUAUUAUUUUAAAUAAUAACAUUGUUUUAGGGGUCCCAGUCCUAGGCUUACCAUUAUUCGCCGACCAACACUACAACAACGCCUUACUAAUCAACCGAAGAACAGGUCUAUAUCAAGAUGUACACGAAACGACAGCAGAAUCUCUGAUUAGCAAGAUGACAGAGUUGUUGAACAAUGAAGACUACUACAACAAGGCCCAGCUUCUGAAGGAAAAGCUGAGAGACGAACCCUUUAAACCAGAAGAUAGAUUCGUUGGCCUAGUGGAAUAUGCGGCCAGACACAAAGACCUAGGAGAAAUGAACUUAUACGUGAACGAAAUGAGUUUCUACCGAAGAAACAAUCUUGACAUCUACAUUCCCAUGGUCAUAUUAUCCUAUCUAGUGUAUCAGUGGACUAAAGUGAUAUUCCAGAAAGUUUGGAGAACACUUAACUCAACUUCUGCCAAGGAGAAGAUGUCAUAG